AUGGGUGAAAAUUACUCUAAUAAUGAUAAACGCAGUCAAACCGAAAAUACUAGGACUAGUGCUUCUGAAUUUGAGGUAAAUAUAUUAUUACCAGCAAAUGCUGAUAGAGUUCAACCUCAAAAUAUAGAACAAGCCCAACCGGUUGUUGAAGGCAAGGAACAGAAUGAAAACAGCAGUGAUGAGGAUCGAAGUGCUUGGGAAAAACGGCAGCAAAGGGAAUUGUAUGAAAGUGAUGAAAGUGAUGAUUUCCAUCCGCUUGGUGUCUCACUACUUCAAGUUAAUCCUGCGCUUCCCGGGCCAUCAGCAGCUGUCAAUUGGGAUUCAAACCACGGUGUUGAAAAGACUGGUUGGGAAAGUUGGCCUGGGCAAACAGCUCAGGAGUCCCAAAAAAUUGGGCUUAAUAUGGAAAUGGAUUGGCGGUCAAAUCCUCAUGAAGAUCUGGAAUUACCAGCAGGAAAUGUUUGGCGAGAUGAUUCUACCGAGGAAAUGGACAAGAAAACUGAUGAGGAGAAAGAACCACAAAUUUCUGGUGGGUUCAUCAUUGAUGUGGACAUCGGUGGGAAUGAAAAGGAGACCCCAGUAGAUUCUGUUUCAUCUACCGAGAACCAAUCAAGGUUGAUCUUUGAACGUGCAAAAAAGGAUCUGGAAGAUGAGUUUUGGCAACCAUUUCCUAUUCCACCUGGGAAGGAUAAGAAUGACAGAGAUCGAGUUACUGCACUUUCAGAAGAGUUUGGUAGGAGAUCACAGACUCUGAAAAAUAAUACCAUACUUUCAAGGCAUGAGAAAGAGAGGAAUGAACAUAUUGAGAGAUGGAGGGAAGGACCUCAAAAGACACCGGGAAAUCAGCCAUCUGGAAACAAUCGAGAAUCCUACCUUUCAAGCUUAAAUCCACCCAAUAUGGAACCUCGUAAACGCAUGCAAUCCUUGCCUCUGCAAGGAAAAUUCAAUAAGAAAGAAUUCGGGAGUCUAAUGAAGGGAUCAAAAAGGAUGAACGAGGAACUUAUACCAAGUAGGCAGAGACUCAUUGACAGGGCAGUAAGAGAGGGAGGGGUAUUCAAUUCGAGGAAGUUUGGGGAGCCUUUGAAAUUAAUGCCAAAGAACGUGUUUAAUUUUGAGAAUGUAAAGCAAUUGGAACUUCAAAGCGAGCACGUCUUAAUGAAGAGAGUGCAGAUCAAGGUUGGGGAUGGAAUGCGUCGGCAUCAACUUUUGGCU